CAAAUCUAUAUUGCAAAGGCAUGGGAUACCACAAAUUGUCAGUAUCAGAUAAUGGUCCACAAUACUCUUCUAUAGUUCUUUUCAUGAGUUUGCUAAACAGUAUUGUUUUCAACACAUUACUAGUAGCCCUAGAUACCCUCAAGCAAAUGGAGAAGCUGAAAGAGCAGUCCAGACAGUAAAGAGGCUUCUACUCAAAUCAGAAGACCCUUAUUUAGCUCUUUUGUCAUACAGGGCUACUCCACUAAAGUUGGGAUUUAGUCCAGCAGAACUACUAAUGGAAGAAACCUUAGGACCACACUUCCAACCACAAACAAACAACUGUAGCCACACAUACCUAAUCAAAGGUCAGUAAGGUUCAAGGAUAGUAAUCUAAAAGCUUCUCAAAAGAGACAUUAUGAUAUAAGACACAGAGCAAGGGAACAACAACCCCUCACUACAGGAGGCAGGGAAAUGUUCAAAGGGAACAGUCUACUUGAUCUUAUACUGUGGAAACCUCUGCAGGGAUUGUCAGAUGAAAUAGAAGAGAUUUGAAUAUUCUCCCGUCUUCAGUACCAGCUCAAGAGGAAAUUGAUCUACCUGACGUUGAUACUCAACAAGAGGAUCACUCGACGAAUACCUCUGAGACUCGAGACAAACCAAGAAGAAGUUCUCGUCACACUCGUCUCCCAGAUAGAUAUGGAGUCUGGUUGAAUGGAUAAAGACCAUUAACAGACUGAGGGGAGAUGUGAGAUAAUAAUUUUGUAUAGUUAUUGUUAUUAUUAGUUAUUGUUUUGAUAGUUAUGUGAUGUUAAUAUCCUGUGUGGUUUCUUAUUAUUUCCUGUAUGCAUGUUUAUAAGUACCGUAUUUGCCUGAUUAGUGAUUAGAAGCCCGGGCGUCUAUUCAUUAACAUAGAUAUAAUACACAGGUUCUUGCUGUCAUCCUGUUCUAUUCUCCCGAUGUUCUCUUUCUCUCUUCCUGCUCAUUUAUCCUAUUGUAUUGCGUUGAGUUUAUUGAUACUUAUUACCGGUAUAAACGUUACAGUAGGCACUGCACCAGAUCGUCUCCCUGAUACACCAGCAGAGGGUCUUGAUCCAAUGCCUGUUACUCCUGAAGUUAUAAGCAUUGCUCAAAAGAUGAAGAAAAAUGCUGAAAAGAAACUCAAGACUAGCUUCACUACCUACACUCCUUUGUAUUAUAUAAAGAAAGGAGAGAGUUAUUAUUGUAUAAGAGUUCUGGUUGAUGAUGGUAUAAUAGAUGUCUUUGGUAAGUAUUGCUGUGCCGGUUAUGUCAGUGGAGUUAAAGCAAAGCAUGUUAAUUUGACAUUCUUCUAACUUUACAAGUGAAUCUGCUCAGUUUGUUGUAGCUGUUUUUAAUUAUUAUGUUAAUUAUUUUUGUAUUACCAUGCAGUAUAAAUCUGCUUUAUUUUAUUUUUAAUAUUAAUU